AAUGAGAACAGUAGAGAAAUGAUAGUACGAGUAGAUAGAUGUUUUAAUUUAUAAGUGAAAAGUUGAGAGAUUUUUACAAUGUCAGCUUUAGAAGAACAUAAGCUUAAAAAUCAAAAUACCAAAAUACGUCACAAAUGCGAUUAUUGCGGUAAGCUUUUACUAACUAAAAGUAAUUUGGACAAUCACGUGGAUGGAGUUCAUUUGAAACUAAAGAAAUUUGUUUGCGACGAUUGUGGACAGUCUUUUGUCACGAAAAAAAGUUUGAAUGAUCACGUUAUGAAUGUCCAUCAAAGAAUCAAAAAUUACUCGUGCGACACGUGUGGAAAAGUUUUCGGUUAUGAGAAAAGCUUGGCUGAGCAUAUUGCAAUAGUUCAUGAAAAAAUUAAAGAUCACCAAUGCGGAGAGUGUGGCAAGUCCUUUGCAAAAAAGCAUGAUUUAAUGAAGCACAUUGAUACAGUACAUCUAGAACUCAAAGAACACAUGUGUGAGGAAUGUGGAAAGUCUUUUGGUCAAAAGCAGACUUUAAUGAAGCACAUUGAUAUAGUUCAUUUGAAAAUAAAAGAUCAAAAAUGCGGAGAGUGUGGAAAGUCUUUUGGUUUUAAAAGUGAUCUGAUGAAGCACAUUGAUACAGUUCAUCUGGAACUCAAAGAACACAUGUGUGAGGAAUGUGGAAAGUCUUUUGGCCAGAAAAGUAACUUACGUAGACACAUUACCACAGUACAUGAAAAAAACAAAAAUCACAGAUGUGAAGAGUGUGGAAAGUCUUUUAGUUAUAAAUGUGAAUUGAAUAGACACACUGCCCUAGUUCAUGAAAAAACCAAAGAUCACCAAUGCGGAGAGUGUGGCAAGUCUUUUGGAACAAAGCAUGGUUUAAUGAUGCACAUUGAUACAGUUCAUCUGAAACUAAAAGAACACAAAUGCAGAGAGUGUGGCAAAUCUUUUGCACAUACGGGUCAUCUGACGAAGCACAUAGAUGCAGUUCAUUUGAAAAUCAAAGAUUAUGAAUGUGAAGAGUGUGGAAAGUUUUUUAGUGAUAAAUGCAAUGAAUGUAGCAAGUCUUUCAUUAAAAAAAUAAAGUUGCAUACACACAUUGCUACAGUUCAUGAAAAAAUCAAAGAACACAAGUGUGGAGAGUGCGAAAAGUUUUUUGGAUAUAAGCGUAAUCUGAUGAGGCACAUAGAUUUAGUUCAUUUGAAACUCAAAGAACACAAGCGCGGAGAAUGUCAAAAGUCUUUUGGUGAAAAAAGUAUUUUGAAUAGACACAUUUCUUCAGUUCAUGAAUGGGUAAAAGAUGAAAAAUGCGAAGAGUGAGGCAAGUCUUUCGGACAAAAAAGUGAUCUGACGAUGCACAUAAAUUCAGUUUAUGUGAGCUUCAAAGAACACAUUUGUGGAGAAUGUGAAAAAUCUUUCGGUCAUAUAAGUAACUUGAAUAGACAUAUUAACACAGUUCAUAAAAAUAUUAAAAAUGUAAUCUGAUGAGGCAUAUAGAUGCAGUUUAUUUGUUGAAUAUUUUGAGUCUUAUUACUUCAUUUUGUGAAAUAAAAAAACGGAUUUCUCAUUGAGAUUCGGUGAUUCGAACAUAUUAAUAUUAGUAUACUAUUUCAGUCUGCAGAAGCUCUUUACAGUUUGCUUAUGAAUAUCUUUCCUUUUGACUUAUAUUUUUUUCAAAAAUAUAUGCUAUAUUAAACUAUAUUUCUAGCUGUAGUUGAAAUGUUUUUAUUUUUUAAAUAAUGAUAAAUCUUAUAUUGUAAAUAGUUCAUCUAUUAUUUACUUAUAAAAAGUAGAACUUAUCAACAAUAAAAUUAUGUUUUUCUGACACAUUGUAAAAUUCUAUAUGAAUUAUACAAUAAUUAAAUAAGA